AGGGAAGUGCCAAAAUCAUCAAGUCAGCAACCGGGUGUCUAGCUAGCUAAAGAUCGAAGUCGUCCAUAUCAAUAUAUAUACGCGCAGCAUAUAUAAAUAUAUAGAAUUGGUUUGGUAGAUGAAAGAAAGUGGGAGAAAGGGAGGCGUGGCAACGUCUCCGUGCGCAGCGUGCAAGCUGCUGAGGAGGAGGUGCGCCCAAGGCUGUAUUUUCGCUCCUUAUUUCCCUGCCGAUGAGCCUAACAAGUUCGCCAGUGUGCAUAAGGUUUUUGGUGCCAGCAAUGUCAACAAGCUCCUUCAGGAGUUGCCGGAGCAUCAAAGAGGUGAUGCGGUGAGUUCGAUGGUGUAUGAGGCACAUGCGAGGAUGAUGGAUCCAGUCUACGGGUGCGUAGGAGCCAUUUCGACACUACAGCAGCAAGUUGAUGUUCUCCAGACCCAACUGGCAAUCACCCAAGCUCAGGUGGUGCGCCUUAGAAUGAGGCAACUCUCCUCCUUGUCUGGUGGGGGCUCGCCCUCGAACUCGCCUGAUACCGAUUCGCCGCCCCCGUCCUCUAGGCACACUCGCGCUAACCAUAACGGGGACCCUUUUAGCAUGGACAUGGUGGUGGACCAACGUAAUGUUGGUGGUUCCUUGUGGUAAUGGAAGGGUAAGUCAAAUGAAUAAGUUAUAUUCACAUAGGAUAUGACAGGAUCUGAGGGAACUAACACAUCUGGCUUCCAACCACUAAUUAAUAAGGCAAGGUCAAUAUG